AUGGCGGACCCAACCUCACCCAGCCCCUACUCAGAGAACAAGCGCUUCGAACCGAAGACCAAAGUCGAGCUCGAGCCUCCAAAGGAUGAUUUGAUGUCGCUGGAACAGUUGGCUGGUCAUGACGGCACGAAUCCAGACAAGCCGGCGUAUGUCGCGAUCAAGGGCACCAUCUUUGAUGUUUCGAAGAACAGCGCGUAUGCGCCAGGCGGUUCAUACCAGGUCUUCGCCGGAAAAGACCCCUCCCGCGCCCUCGCAACGUCGAGUCUGAAACCCGAAGACUGUGUCCCCGACUGGGACGACCUCGACGACAAACACAAGACCGUAUUGGACGAAUGGUACACAUUCUUCAGCAAGCGAUAUAAUGUCGUGGGCAAGGUCAGUACAUCUACUUUGCAGAAGCUGUGA